GUCAAGGGAUGGUGCAGCUCAAGCUCCAGCUACGAAUAAGGAGACACGUCCAAAUUUCUCCCCUUCUCCUCCUUUCCCAGUCCGCUGCUCGACGACCACGAGCUCACCACUGUACAGAGACGACCCUGCCCAUCCCAGGUUGUCGUCAGGCUGGUGCAUCCGCAGCGCCCUAGCCUCUCUUUCCUUUCAUCCUUUCAUUCCGAUUCACUUUGUCUUCGACGCGGCCAAGCCUAGCCACUCGCCAUGUCCUCUCCUCAGGGGAGCCUGCGCCAGCGCGGCGGCGUCACCAAGCAGAAGUCGGCGACGGACCUCAAGGCCGGCACAACCCAGACUGCCGUCACCGUCAAGGCGCCCGCCGGUCCGGCUUCUGACUGGGACUACAAGCUCGGCUUCAUCAUCAUUACCGUACUUGCUUUCAUUUCUCGUUUCUGGGGCAUCAGCCACCCCGACCAGGUGGUCUUCGAUGAAGUGCACUUCGGCAAGUUUGCCUCGUACUAUCUCGAGAAGACCUACUUCUUCGAUGUCCACCCUCCCUUCGGAAAGCUGCUCUUUGCCCUUAUGGGCUGGCUCGUCGGCUACGACGGCCACUUCCACUUCGAAAACAUUGGCGACUCCUACAUUGUCAACAAGGUUCCCUACGUUGCGUUCCGUGCGCUACCUGCCCUCCUCGGCUCUCUGACCGUCUCCGUCACGUAUCUGAUCAUGUGGGAGUCUGGCUACAGUCUCCCGGCUUGCAUUGUCGCCUCUGGGCUCGUCCUGCUCGACAAUGCCCACAUUGGCCAGACCCGCUUGAUCCUGCUCGAUGCCACGCUCAUCUUCGCCAUGGCAUGCAGUCUGCUUUGCUACAUCAAGUUUUACAAGUUGCGCCACGAGGCCUUCAGCCGCAAGUGGUGGAAGUGGCUCAUCCUGACUGGUUUCGCGCUCUCUUGCGACAUCUCGGUCAAGUACGUUGGUCUCUUUGCCUUCGUCACCGUCGGCUCCGCUGUCAUCAUUGACCUGUGGGAUCUGUUGGAUAUCAAGCGUGUUGGCGGCGCGCUCAACCUCAGGGAGUUUGCCAAUCACUUCAUCGCGCGUGCCGUGGGCCUCAUCAUUGUUCCUUUCCUCUUCUACCUUUUCUGGUUCCAGGUCCACUUCGCUAUCCUGAGCCGCUCCGGCCCCGGUGACGAUUUCAUGACCCCCGAGUUCCAGGAAACCCUCUCGGACAACGUCAUGCUCGCCAACUCCCUAAACAUUGAGUUCUACGACACCAUCACGCUGCGCCACAAGGAAACCAAGGCAUACCUGCACAGCCACGAGGCCAAGUAUCCUCUUCGCUACGAUGAUGGCAGAGUUUCCAGCCAGGGUCAGCAGGUCACUGGUUACCCUUUCGAUGACCUGAACAACCACUGGCAGAUUCUUCCCGCUGUCAACGAUGGAGUGAUGGGUAGACGUGUCAAGAACCACGACCUCGUCCGCCUUCGUCACACCGUCACCAACACCGUCCUUCUCUCGCAUGACGUUGCCUCUCCUUACUACCCGACCAAUCAGGAGUUCACCACCGUCUCAAUGGAGGAUGCCUAUGGCCCGCGCGCAAACGACGCGCUCUUCGAGAUUCGCAUCGAGCACGGCAAGCAGAACCAGGACUUCAAGAGCGUGGCCAGCCACUUCAAGCUCAUCCACAACCCCAGCAAAGUUGCCAUGUGGACACACACCAAGCCUCUGCCUGAGUGGGGCCACAAGCAGCAGGAGAUCAACGGCAACAAGCAGAUCGCGCCGAGCUCCAAUGUCUGGCUUGUUGAGGAUGUUCCUUCUCUUCCUGCGGAUUCCCCUCGCCGCGUCAAGGAGGAGAAGAAGGUCAAGACUCUUCCCUUCCUUCGCAAAUACUUUGAGCUGCAGCGGUCCAUGUUCUGGCACAACAACCAGUUGACGAGCAGCCACCCCUACUCGAGCCAGCCUUACCAGUGGCCGUUCUUGCUCCGUGGUGUCAGCUUCUGGACCCAGGCCGACACCCGCCAGCAGAUCUACUUCCUUGGCAACCCCAUUGGCUGGUGGAUCGCUAGCAGCUUGAUUGCCGUGUACAUUGGUAUCAUUGGUGCCGACCAGAUUUCGCUCCGCCGUGGUGUCGAUGCUCUUGACCACCGCACUCGUUCUCGGCUGUACAACUCGACCGGUUUCUUUUUCCUUGCGUGGGCAACCCACUACUUCCCUUUCUUCCUCAUGGGUCGCCAGCUCUUCUUGCACCACUAUCUUCCUGCCCACUUGGCCUCUUGCCUGGUUGUUGGCUCUCUUGUGGAAUUCGUCUUCAACACCGAGUCUACUUUGGCUGAGGAGACCGUCUUCGUCGAGAAGCUGGGCAAGAAGGUGCGCACCAGUGGUCCCCGCCGACAUGUGACCGCCAAGGAGCGCUUCGCUGGUCAGAGCCAGGCUCCCGCCUGGAUCGCUACUGGAGUCAUCUUGGGCCUGGUUCUGGCUGGCUGGUACUUCUUCCUGCCACUGACUUACGGGUACCCUGGCCUGAGUGUCGAACAGGUCCAGGCCCGCAAGUGGCUGGGCUAUGACCUUCACUUUGCUAAAUAGAUGGCAGAGUCAAGACAAAUUCGAGACACAGAAUUCUCUAAAGGAGACAAAAUGGGUGUAGCUCUAUAGGGCCUGGUUGGCGGAUACCGGGAAUAGGUCGGCGCCAUGGUUUUGAUGACCUGGGUUGAGGUUAUUUUGUGAUUUAGAUAAAAGACAUGGCACAUGACGCUCCAGGCGCUAGACGCUUGGCACUGUAAUACAUCUCAUAUCGGAUCUAUCGUGAAGCUCUAAUCUCAUUGUGCAUUGAGCGCCGAGUCAAGGUCUGUCGUGUGCCCAGGGUUUUUUGUGAGCUC